AUGGCCUCUUCCAACAGUAUCGACCUGGCCAUCGCGGUGCCGACAUUCAUCGGCUCGCUCCUGUCCGUUGUGGCAACCGCGGUGGCCAUCUCGCUGCACAUAGUCAACCCCCCCAAGCGGCAUUUCCGCCAUGCCCUCAUCAUCAACCUCCUGGCGGCUGACUUCAUCAACAGCCUCAACAACACCGUGUCCGGCGCCAUUUCGCUGGCCAAGGGGCACAAGGAUGGAGGCGACGUCAUCGACUCGGCUUGCAUAGCCAACGCCUGGAUAGGCCAGUUCUCGGUCCAGGCCGUCGACUUCAACAUCCUCAUCAUUUCCAUCAUCGUGCUCUACACCGUCAUCAACAACCGACUCGUCGCCGAAUCAUCGACCAAGGCCACCAUCAUCAUCUGCCUUGCCGCUUGGAUACCCGGCCUUAUUACCAGUUUCAUUGGUCUCGGCACGGGAGCGUAUGGACAUGUGAGCGGAAACUGGUGCUGGAUCAAGUCCGAGUUUCUUGGGCUUCGCUAUGGGCUCACUCACGGAUGGCGCAUUGCCAUCUUUGUGGCCACCAUUGGCAUCUACACCUACAUCUACAUACACCUGAAGCGCAUGGACCGAACAUUUAUCGACCACGCCGCCGAGAACUCGGACACGCAGCACAUUCUGGUCCAAAGCUCCUUUGCCGUCUCGCAUGAGCUCGAUGAGCGACUGCCGAGGACGGACUCGGUCCACGAAGACAUCCCCCUCGAAACGGCGCCGACGGGAAAGACGACGUUUUGGUCCGUGUCGGCCGACGACAGCUCGUCCCAGGCACAACCAGGCAGCAUCAACAAGCCGGCGCAAGUCAAGAUCGCCCCCAACCAGCCAGACCAGGACCGGCCGGCCUCCAAAAUGCCGGCCCCGCCGAAUCUCAAGAAGAUGUUGAUGAUGAAUGGCUAUCCCAUCGCCUAUAUCUUGCUGUGGCUCCCCGGGAUGAUCAACCGCUUGACCGAGUCAGUCGGCACUUCGCCGCGCUGGCUGCAGGCUCUGCAGUGCUCGACGCAAUUCAUUGGAUUCGUCAAUGCAUUCACCUACGGCUUCAGUGAGCAUCUGCGGCGAGUCUCCCGGCGAUGGAGGAAACGAAACGGGUUUACCCGCACAAGAGGGUGA